CACCAACUCAAACAAAUUUCUUGUAAAUAUUUAGAUAUGUAAGCUGACAACUAAGAGUACUGGUGAAAACAAAAAAAUUAGAGAUGGUUGACAAUCUUGCAUGACGUGAGGGGUAAUUAUUUAAUUAAAAUUGUGCAAAUAUUAAUACUCAUAUUAUUGAGGUUUAGUUUGACAGUGUCCUAAAUACAACUGCUUCAACAAUUAGUUUAUGUUAUUCUUACAAACUCCUUUGAUAUUAUAUUAUAAAUACACUUCAACUUGCAGCUAUCGUGCCAAUUAUAUUUUUAUAUGCUCUGACUAAUGUAACGUGAUGCCUAGUAUGAAGAUUGAAGACAAUCAAUAUUGUUGUUGCAUAUUAGCUAGCUCAAAAUUAAAUCACCAGCAACCCCCACUUUUUUGAAUGCAUUAUAGCACACCGACAAUGUUAACAAAAAUUCUUCUAUUCUCUCUUCUAUUUCAUUUCGUAUCGGUCAAAUAUGCAGUGGUAGUUUCCAAUCAAACCAGCACUAGAAGACCUCCAUCAACUAUCACAAAAGGCGCCAACAUAACAAAGCCAGGCUGCAAAAGCAAGUGUGGGAAUUUAGUUGUUCCUUAUCCAUUCGGCAUAGGCUCAAAAUGUUCAAUACACCCUUCAUUUGAUAUCAACUGCGAUCAUGAUUUCAACCCUCCAAAGCCCUUCAGUGGAAUAUUGGGGGUUGAAGUUGCUGAUAUAACAGAUUCAAAAAUCAGGAUCAAGAACCACAUGGUUGCCACCUGUUACAACAAAAUAGGCGAUGUAACCAGACAUGAUCUAUUCGAAGACAUCCAGAUACAGCCACCUUUUAGCAUAUCUGAUGCAAACAAGUUCACAAUUGUCGGGUGUGAUGAUAUUGCCCUACUAUUCGGGCUUGACGAUGCUAAUUCGACCAAUGAGUGCGUUUCCACUUGUACUUCAAGAGAGCAAAUUCUUGAUGGUUAUUGCAAUGGUACCGGCUGUUGCCAGACCUCAAUAUCAAAGGGUCUAAAAAGACUUUAUGCCUCUCUAAGCAGCAUUCAUAAACACAUUAAUGUGUGGUCCUUUAGCCGUUGUGGUUAUGCCUUUCUUGCAGAGCAGGAUACCUUUACAUUUCAUUCCUCUAACCUCGAUGACAUCACUUUUGAAGAACGAAUCAUUGAGAAUGUCCCAAUAGUUAUCGAUUGGGUGAUUCAGAAUGAAACUUGUGAUGAAGCUCGAAAAUUUGAUGAUUUUGCAUGUCACAAGAACAGUACCUGCGUCGACUCCACCACCAGUGUUAAUGGAUAUAACUGCAUAUGCUUUCAGGGAUAUGAGGGCAAUCCAUAUCUCGAACCAGGCUGCACAGGUUAGUUUUCUUUUGUCUUUUUACACCACACGUAAUUUAUUAGGCUAGCUAUAAAUUAUUUAUCUAUUUUGAUGUUUUGACAAACAGAUUAUUAUAAUGUUCAUUUCUCAAUUUCAGACACAAACGAAUGUGAAAAUAGUCCAUGUGUACCAAUUGCCUCAUGCACUAAUUCUCCUGGUAGUUAUAAUUGUUCGUGUCCUCAUGGCCUCAUGGGUGAUGGCACAAAAAAUGGCAGUGGCUGCUUUAAACAUAAAAGAUCCAUCUCAGCUAUGAAGUUGUCAUCAGGUACUUGUGAUUGAUAAACUUCAAUUCAAUCUCUUUAUUCUUUGUUUUCAAUUGCGUUGGAUGUGUAUAAAGAUCAAAUAUUAGGAUUUCAAAAUUUCAAUUUUCAGGUAUUGGGUUAGGCAUCGUGACUGUGAUAAUUGGCAUUACAUGGAUAUACUUUGCCAUCAAAAAU